AUGCUUGCUUUCAAUUCAGCCAUUGCUGGCAUUAUUGUCAAUGUUACUUGUUGUUGUCAAGCAAUCUAUCAAUUGACAAGUGAUGGCAAUGAUAAACUAUGUUCAUUUCGAGGUUUUCUUCUCCAUACUGCUGCCGGUCUUUUGUAUCAAACACUUUGUGUUCAAGCACUUCAUCGUCUUUUUGUAGUUGUGUUUGCAACACGACGUUAUCUCCGAUCAACAAAAGUCAUGGCAUUUAUUACGAUCAUUCAAUGGUUAAUUUCGAUUACAUUUGGCAUUCCUGCAUUAGUAGUUGGACGAAUCGUAUAUCAAUCGGGUAGUCGCAUUUGUCAGGCAUCAUUGAACGAUCUAAUUAUAUUUUUAUAUUUGGCAAUGUUUAUUUAUUUCUGUCCACUUACUAUCAUUGUUCUAAUCUAUAUUCGAAUUGUUCAUUUUACAAAACAACAUUCUUUUACAACAAAUACUCAACAUAGUCCAGCUGAUCUACAUCGACAACGUCGUGAGCUUCGUUUUAUUCGUCGUCUUCUUAUCAUUGUUGGUGUUAUAUUCUUUAUGAGUUUUCCAUAUUUGAUUUUCUUUCUUCGAGCACAAUUUUUUCCUCAUGCGGAAUCAUUACCAUAUGCACAACGAAUAUGUGAGAAAACAUCUCAGUAUGCUGAAUGUUCCACAAACAGUGCAUGUGGAUGCUUUCAUAUGAUAGGUACUCAUGAUGAUACAGGCGUCUGUGGCUUUCUUUGGCCUACAUGUUCUCGUCUUUUGCGGUGUGAUUCCUCAGACAAUUCAUGUCUUCAGCCAAAUACCAUUUGUGUUCACCACCCUCAAUGUGAUGAUUAUCCUGUUUGCUAUCCAGUUACAAUGAUUGAUCAAAAAAUGUGCCCACCAAUGAAAAAUAAGAUCAAUCUCAAAUGGAAACAAAAUGCCAUUACUGUGGGUGGUGGAAAUGGAGAAGGACAAGAAUUAGAUCAACUCAAGUUCCCUAUUGGAAUCUUUAUUGAUGAAAAAAGAAAUAUUUUCAUUGCUGAUUUUAGGAAUCAUCGUAUUGUUGAAUGGAAAUAUAAUGCAAAGGAAGGACAAAUUAUGGCAGGUGGAAAUGGAUAUGGAAAUCGAAUAGAUCAAUUGCAUGCUCCAACAUAUGUGAUUGUUGAUCAACAAAAUCAUUCGAUCAUCAUUACUGAUCAAGGGAACAAACGAGUGAUUCAAUGGUUGAAUCUGAAGCAACAAAUUCUCAUUGACAAUAUUGACUGUGGCGGCUUGGCAAUGGAUAAAUAUGGAUUUCUUUAUGUUUCUGAUUAUAUGAAGAAUGAAGUGAGACGAUGGAAAAUGGGAGAAUACAAUGAAGGAAUUGUAGUGGCAGGUGGAAAUGGAUAUGGAAAUCAACUCAAUCAACUCUAUGAUCCUGCUUCUAUCUUUGUUGAUGAAGAUCAGUCUGUUUAUAUAUCAGAUACAGGUAAUCAUCGUGUGAUGAAAUGGAGAAAAGAUGCAAACGAAGGAACAAUUGUGGCUGGAGGAAAUGGUGGAGGAGGAAAUCUCAAUCAAUUGUCUAAAUCUUCAGGAGUAAUUGUUGAUGGUUUGGGCCAAAUCUAUGUGGCAGAUUGGGGGAAUAAUCGAGUAAUGCGUUGGUGUGAAGGAAAAGAAGAAGGUGAAAUUGUUGUUGGUGGUAAUGGGCAAGGAAGUGAAUCAAAUCAAUUAUAUGGUCCCGCUGGUUUAUCUUUUGAUGAUGAAGGAAAUCUUUAUGUUGCUGAUCAGUCUAACCAUCGAAUUCAAAAAUUUGAAAUAAUUUUGUGA